AUGGGGAACAGCAGCUCCCGCGUCGGCGGCUGCUUCGCGACGUUCGGGAACGGGAAGGAGGGGGUGGACCUGGAGUUCCUGGAGCCUCUGGACGAAGGGCUAGGGCACUCCUUCUGCUAUGUCCGCCCGUUGAUCCCCGACUCCCCCGCCAUCACCCCCUCCAAUUCGGAGAGAUUCACCAUCGAUUCCACCACCUUCGACUCCGAGACCUGCAGCGGCUCCUUCCGGCAGGAGCAGAUCGCCGCCGCCGCCGCCGACGAUCCGUCCGGCCUCCUGCAUCGCCCCGGCAAGAACGGCUUCUUCUUCCCGGAGACCACCUUCAAGGCCAUCUCGGGGGCCUCCGUGAGCGCCAACGCCUCCACCGCCAGGACUGGUAAUCUGACCAUGCUCCUCGUCGGCGACGCGCAGGAGCCCGCCGCCUCCUUCGAGAGCACCGCCUCCUUCGCGGCGAUCCCUCUGCAACCCGCCCCUCACGGCUCCGGUCCCCUGAACGGCUUCAUGUCGGGGCCCCUCGAGCGGGGGCUCGCCUCCGGCCCGCUGGAGAGGGGCGGCGCCGCCUCCAUGUCCGGUCCCCUGGAGAGAGGCGGCGCCGUCUCCAUGCUGUCCGGCCCCCUCGACGCCGGCGACCGGAGCAACUUCUCGGCGCCGCUCUACUACUCCUCCGACCGGCGGCCCGCGGCGCUCCGCCGGCUGGUGAGGGGCGCCCUCUCCUUCUCCGGGCGGCGCUGGAUGCAACGGCUCUUCACUCAACGCCCCCCCGAGGCGGGGCUGACCUGCGCUGCCGCCGCCGACGCCGCCGCCGCCGGCCCCUCGGAGAAGGACUACGGCAGCACCCGGAACCUGCAGUGGGCCCACGGAAAGGCCGGCGAGGACAGAGUCCACGUCGUGCUGUCGGAAGAGCAGGGCUGGCUGUUCGUCGGCAUCUACGACGGCUUUAGCGGCCCCGACGCCCCGGACUUCCUCAUGGGCAACCUGUACAAGGCCAUCGACAGAGAACUGGAAGGCCUGCUCUGGGACUUUGAGGAUGGUGACCCUGGGACCAACGCUCCAAGAUCUUCGGAAGAACAACUCUCGCGCACUGAAAAAGUGCCCGCAGAGGAUGCCACCGGAAGUGGGGCGGCGAAUGGAUCGUUAGAAGAUCAAAAGAUGGAGAAGAACGGCAAUGCUGAUGCGCGUUUUGAUGAUGGAGAAGAAUGCGGUGGUGAUGGGCCGCCGAGCAAGGAAGAGACCGACUCGUCCUCCAAGCUUUCUGGCCAUGGCAGGAAGAGCAAGCGUCUCUACGAGCUGCUCCAGAUGGAGCUCAUGGAAGAGCAGAAUGCCAGGGCCUCCCCCUCGGUCUCCAGCAGGACGGCAGAUGGUGUUCCGCAUGAUCCAGAGCUGGCCCUCUGCCGUGCCCAGUCCUGCUCGGAGAAGGAAGAGCACGCGCCAGAGCAGACGAUGGGGAAGAAGAAGAUGAAGAAGAUAUCCCUGGUUGGGUCGAAGAUGAAGCUGGUGUACAGCAAGCGCAAGUCCAUCCGCAAGAAGCUCUUCCCCUGGAGCUACGACUGGCACAGGGAUCCGACACAAGACGAUGAUGGUGAUAAGGCGGCGCCCGGCUCGUCCUCGUCGGUCAUCAGGAGGUGCAAGGCAGGCCCGGUGGAUCACGAUGCCGUCCUGAAGGCGCUCUCCCAGGCCCUCGAAGCCACCGAGGCAGCUUUCAUGGACAUGGUCGAGAGGGCCCUGGACAGGAACCCCGAGCUGGCCCUCAUGGGCUCCUGCGUCCUCGUCAUGCUGAUGAAGGACCAGGACGUCUACACCAUGAACCUCGGGGACAGUCGAGUCAUCCUGGCGCAGGAGAGGCCGAGCGCGCAGCAUCUCAACCCGAAUGCGGCAAACCAGUCUCUUGUGCGCGUGGAGCUGGACAGGAUAUCGGAGGAGUCCCCCAUGCGGAACCCGAACAGCCACGUCUGCAAGAUAAACAAGAACAGAGAGCUUUCCAUUUACAGACUGAAGCUGAGGGCCGUCCAGUUGACCACCGAUCACAGCACCGACGUCGAAGAGGUAUGAGGAUUUGCAGAGCGGAAACGACUCCUCUCUCUAUGAUAAUGCCAUGUUCCCGGUUGGAUUACCUGCAUCAUACAUCGAUUAUAUUUCAUCACGCUCUUGCAUAUAUGUGUAUAUCUAUAUCUAUAUAUCUAUGUUUAUAUAAAUAUAUUUUCUUGGCAUGGGCUGCUAUCUUGGUUAAUACGGUGGCAUACAUUAGUGCCACUACCGAAGAAAUGGGCGCCAAUUGUUUGCACGCAAUAUGCGAGUGGCACUCAUUGCUGAAAUCAAUGUGGGAUUUUUGAGCUGCCAAUUUUAGAUGUAUUUUGUUAUUUCCCACAUUCAGAAUGCAAAAUAUCAUCCUUGUGUUCAACCAUGCAGUCCCGCAGAGAGGCCUCUUUCGCAGCAUGACUGUGUAUCAUAUUGCUGUACUUCCUUGGAGGAUGAAUAUGCUAGCAAUUUGGUUGCGACUACAUCGUCCCUGUCUAGAUAUGAUGGUCUCUGGAGCAGGAGAAAGCUGGCUAGGAAGGAAAAUACAGUAGAUCAGCUAUCUAUUGUGUUUUGAUUUUAUCUAAAAGUCCAUAUGCAUUCUAUCCAUUCAUUCACUGGGUAGGAUUUGACAUUAAAUUAUGAAUUAGGCCUUAAUUCCAGUUUUACAUGCUAUUCUUCAGACAUUGAUUCUCCCAUCUCGAUGACCUGGUGCAAUUUGCAGGAGGUUCUCAGGAUAAAAGCUGAGCACCCUGACGAUGUUCAAGCUGUCUUUAAUGAUAGGGUGAAGGGUCAGUUGAAAGUCACUCGAGCAUUUGGAGCGGGGUUUCUGAAGAAGGUGAGGAUCUCAAAUCGUGUGUGCCAUACCGUUGAUUUCCAGUGAGUGGCAUCCUAGAAUCCAAAAGUUUCAGUCUUUUUAAGAACUCCAAUCCAUGCUCACCCUGAGAAAUGCUCCGCAUUUUUGUGCUUCAAUUGCUGAAGAUAUUCUUUGGCCCCAGUCGAAUAAGCUCCGUAACUUGUUCAUGCUUGAAGUCCGAGAUGUGCAUUAGAUGUCUGCAAUGGAUGAAUGAACACUGGGAUGCCGAUACAUAUUAUUAUUCUCUCCAGUUCUUAUCCGAAGUGAUGAAGAUGGGGGGAAUUCUGAGAGAUUGCCCGUCUGUCUCACUUGAACAGGACGCAGGCCGAGAAUCCUCUCUUCUUUUCAUAUCAUCCCCCUCCCUCCCUCCCUCCUUUGAGUUCGCAAAUCUCUUGCCCUUUUUUUUUCCCGCUUCAACAGUCAACGAUCAUCAAGAAUAGGUAAUAGGGCAUGGCAUAAAUUUCCUUUGAAGGAGUACCCCCAUGAAUUUCUUCUCUUUUUUUUUUUUAAAGAUUUAUGUUUUGGUUGCCACUUGGGAGUGACGUGAUCCUUUGAUCUGCUUUCUUUGCAGCCAAAUUUUAAUGAAGCGCUGCUGGAGAUGUUCAGAAUCAAUUAUGUGGGAACGCUGCCGUACGUCAGCUGCGUUCCGUCGAUCGUCCACCACCGCCUCUGCCCCGGCGACCGCUUCCUGGUCCUCUCCUCGGACGGGCUCUACCAGUACUUCAGCAACGAGGAGGUGAUCUCCCACGUCGCCUGGUUCAUGGACAACGUCCCUGAGGGAGACCCUGCCCAGUACCUCAUUGCGGAGCUUCUCUUUCGCGCCGCCAAGAAGAACGGUAAUGCUCCUCACUGCAGAUUCCUCGGAAAUUAUUUAAAUGAUCUCGCCACGGCGAUUUUUCUCGGUAUAUCAUUUUCUAGAAACCUCUUGUGCAUGGUGCGGUUUUUAUUUUUAUUUUAUUUAUUUUUAAAAAACCUGUUUUUAUUUUUUCUUCAUGCGCCGAGGGUGGGCUGAUUUCUGGCUGCUAUUCAAGUGUCUAUCUAAUGAAUGCGCUGGGCUGACGUAUGAGGGUGGUUGACUUUGUGGGAAACAGGGAUGGACUUUCAUGCGCUGUUGGAUAUUCCCCACGGCGAUCGCCGCAAGUACCAUGAUGACGUUUCGGUCAUGGUGGUCUCUCUUGAAGGUAGAAUCUGGAGAUCGUCGGGUUUGACUUCUCUCUAA